GAAGACGACGACUGUGCCGGAAAACGCCAUUUUGUUGUUGAACGGGACCAGCGACGAAGGCUUAAGAAGCACUAGUGCAGGUGAGCCAAGAUGGGGAAUCUCGGUAGCAUCUUCGCCAAACUUUUUGGCAAGAAAGAAAUGAGGAUCUUGAUGGUAGGACUGGAUGCUGCUGGAAAGACCACCAUCCUGUACAAGCUCAAACUGGGAGAAAUUGUUACCACAAUCCCUACCAUUGGUUUUAAUGUUGAGACUGUAGAAUACAAGAACAUCAGUUUUACAGUGUGGGAUGUCGGUGGUCAGGACAAGAUCAGGCCCCUGUGGAGACAUUACUUCCAAAACACACAAGGCCUUAUCUUUGUGGUGGACAGUAAUGACAGGGAGCGUAUUGGUGAGGCGAAGGACGAGCUGAUGCGAAUGCUGGCCGAGGAUGAGCUGAGGGAUGCGGUGCUGCUUGUGUUUGCCAACAAACAGGACCUGCCCAAUGCCAUGAAUGCAGCUGAGAUCACAGACAAAUUGGGCUUGCACACCCUGCGCAACCGUAACUGGUAUAUCCAGGCCACGUGUGCCACUAGUGGAGAUGGUCUCUAUGAGGGUCUCGACUGGCUUUCAAACAUGCUGAGGAGUGCAAAAUGAUCCAUCACUCCACCUCCUGUCCGUCAUCUGUGUGCAGUGUGAUGGGAGACUCCACUGGUCCUCGUCUGAUUCUCUCCCCUCCUUUCCUCUUUUCUUCUGAUGCGUUGGACCUUUGGCCAGUGCUCCCCUACAUCUGUGUACUGUGUGGGUGUGUUUGGUUGAGUAUUUGGUGAAUGAGUGUGUGAGCUGAGUGGGAGCAAACUAAAUGGUAAAUUACUAAAUGGUAUCAUUGCUUUGAUCUUCCUGGAUUGCUCCAUUUUCAAAUCAAGUUAAAAGUUGGCCAAAAUGAGAAAAACAUAUUUUUGCUCACUUACCUCCAGAGUGUGCCUUGAACACAGUUAACUCUCAAGCACCUCAUCCCUUCAAUGUAAGCACAUCCAAAGGCACGGGUCUCUAUAAAGCAAAGAGUGACACAGGAUGUUGAGUGUAGUUGGUCAUCUGUAAAGAAUGUUUGUAAGAAAAAAAACAAAACAAAAACAAACAGUAAUUCCAUUUGUACAUCUGCUAGUGAUAUUAAGGCCUUUUUGAUAAUGGUUCAGAAGCUGCACAAUGUAACCCAUGUCUUGCUUGAUAUAAUAAAAUCCCUGACAUCCCAGAUCAGUUCACAUUCUUUUAAAAUUAAUGGUUUUUGGUGGAUUUCAGUUUUUACUGCUUUAGUGAACACUGGAUUCUUUUGAUUCUCUCAUACUUAAUUCUUCAUAUUUGUAGUUUGAAUUGUCAAGUCUGUAUGCUGUAGGUCCUGUUAAUGGUCAGUUUUGAAAUUCAAUUCAGUCUCACCUCUGGACGUUAUCCCUGUCAUGGCUAUGGACCAGAUAUUUAUUUACAUGGUGACUUGUGUUUUACACACAGUCAAGACUGGGUGUAGAAAAGGCAACAGGUGAUUCAUGUUUAUGUUGUGUGGAGGCGGAUGUGUGUAUCUCUGGGGUGCUAUGCGAGUUUCAACUACAUCCAGUCCACUACAAAACAGUGAGGCCUUUUUAGAGUUGCUCCCACUCUACUCUUUAUUUACUUAUAGUCUUACUCUCUCGUAUGUAGUUCUUUCUGUUAGGGUCUGUUUUUUGGGUUUUUUUUUUUUUUUUUUCAUGUUACUGUUGAUUCAUGCAUGACCUGGUUACCUUAAGCAUGAGCUGAGGUCCAGGUGUGUAGUCUUUUGAUUGAAAGGCUUUUGGGACCAAUUGGUUGGAUUCAGAAAGGGCUCAUUGUGUUUGGUUCAGUUUUGGAUUUGUCUGUAGAGAGUGAGGUCGCCCCCUCCUGUGUUUUUUCAGAGGACACGUGCUCUUGAACAAAUUGUCAGCGCUGUUAUAGACGGUACAGUUGAAUUGGAAGUGUUUGCUCUGGCCUACUGUGUGAAUCUGCACUGUAAAUGCUUCCUCGAUGCUUCAGGCUUUAUGGUGUUUUUCCUGCAUGUAGCCAUGGCACUUCCCCUGGAUUUAUUAUCCCUAUGAUGCCAUUUGCACAACCUCAUCAGCUUGCACAACACAGGCCUAUGUGAAGACAGUGGUUUAUCCAUCAGCCUUUGCAAAGAACCCAUCCCAUUGCUCUACACCAGCAGACAUUAAAAUGUACAGGUAAGAAUGUUGCACCAGUUAACCCACUAACUACAGUUUCCCACACAUCCAUUGAUCCCAAAGGCUUCUACAAUUAAUAAUGAAACCAAUCUUGAACUGUGCACAUCCCUUACUGAGUGAAGAUGACUCUAAGGUCAUAAUAUCACACUGACCUCUAAAGGAAAAUACAUUUUCCCCUUUUGUGUUUGUACAACUGGACAUGUAGGUGUUUUCUUGAAAACCUGUAACUGAGUGACUCUUCUUUUGGGCUUUGUCCGUAUGUUAUGGAAUUUCCUAAACAUCUGUAGAGUUCAUGGGAUAUGUGACAUGAUCUGGUAUACAGCAAGAAAUACAAAUGUAUAUAAUCUGUAAGAAAAUGUAUUUUAACUUAACAUCAGCCACCUACCCUUGUUCAGACAUGAAGCUUUAAUUUUCAAGAUCGUUUCUGUACAAAUGACAAGGUAUGUGCAUAUGUAUUUCUUAAUUACCCUUUACGCUUUUUUAAAUUCAUCUUGUAACAUCGGAUAAAUGCACUAUAAUAAAGAGAUCUCUAUUGUAAAGCUUUUUCCAAAUGCAUUAUUAAUGCAUCAUGGUGAUGAGUGAAAUGUUUUUAAUUCCUUUGUUGUUUAGUUAGCCAAAGUCAUAUUAAAAUUGAAUAAAUUCACAUAAUAAAAACAGGCCAGUGAUAAGUGUCUGUCUGAGAUCAUGCUGUGUGUGUGUGGCUCAGAACCAGAUGCUUGAGACUGAGGCUGAAAACCAUGUAUCACUGAAAAAAAAAAAAAAACCCAAAAAUCAAAUUAUUUUAAAAUGUAACGAGUUACUA